AUGGCAAGUGACUUACCGAAACUUCAUAGUGUUGCACCUCAACAGCAAUACCAACGCAGCAAUAAAGACAUCGAAAUAAGAAAGACAAUCAUCAAUCCCAACAUUUUGAAUGAUAUAUUCGUUGGGACACCAAAUAAAAGUGACAUUGCAGAGUCCCAGCGUUUUUUUAACCAUGCCAAAGUGAAGCUAGAGUGGACCUUAGCAGAUUACGAUGAAAUACCCGAUGUUAAAUACAACCUUCUAAAAUCACAAAUUAGUUCAACACAAGCCGCUCUAUCUACCAAACGGACAUUUGGAAUUAAACCUGAAUUGUUGAAAACUCUACCUGAAGUGCUUUUGAUGGGACGUACCAAUGCUGGAAAAUCGACCUUACUCAACAGCAUUUUGGGAGCAAGAAAAAACGAACCGUUGGCUUACGUCUCUUCAAAAGCGGGAUUCACCAAGACAAUGAAUUCGUUCCGAAUCUCGAAUCAACUACGAUUGAUUGAUAGUCCGGGCUAUGGAAAAGGUGGUGUCGAAUCACAGGGGGAAAUGGUGCUUGCAUACCUUAAUAAUAGGCGUCGGUUGAAGAGAGUAUUAUUAUUGGUAAGCUCAAGUGAUGGGUUUGCGGAUGAAGAUUUACAAUUGGUGCGAUACUUGCAUGAGAGAGGAAUACCGGUUGAUAUUGUUUUUACCAAAGUGGACGAAUUAUUGAAAAAAUUCCUUCGCAAAGAGUUGUUCAAACUGGCAAAUGUUGAAUCCAUCAAAGGUGCAAACCAAAGAAUAGUGGAGCAUUAUUUUCGGUUGGUAGACGAGUCUGGUCUAGAAGAUCUCACUGCAGCUCCAAGGUUCAUGUUCAAUAACUCACAAACCAACAUUUUCUUGUCGGAACUUAUGGGGAUAAAAACUAUUCGAUGUAAUUUGCUUAGAAGUUGCGACUGUGAUUUAGGGUAG